CCUCCUCCUCCUCCUCCUACUCCUACUACUACUUUCAACUCCUCUUCUCCCCGUCAAUGGCGUCCCCCCCCCCCUUAAGUCCUUAGCCCAUGGCCCUUGUGAACUUCUUACCCCCACAAUUUCGACGAUGAAAGUUCUUGCCUUUCUCCAACUUCCAUCCUCUUCGUUCUAAACCUCAUUACCAACAUACCUCUUCUAUACCUACCAAUGGCGGAAAACCAGACGGACCAGUCUCAAUCUCGCCGGCGACGACGAGAUGGAUCGUCUGGCGCCCAGCAGCGCCUAUGUUCUCACUGCGGACGGAGCUUCAAACGCUCUGAACAUCUGGAGCGCCACGUCCGAACCCACACGAAGGAGAAACCCUACGUCUGCCAUUGCGGGUCGGCGUAUUCGCGCCGGGACCUCCUGACUCGUCACCAGCGUAUCACGCAUGAGACCUUGUCGCCCCGGUCGCCCGACGCCCCAGCAUCCGAAGACAGUCACCAGUUGCCAGCAUCCGACUCGGAUCCGCCUCCGGAGGAUGCUGUUCCUUCGGCGGCCGUGUCCAUUUCGGACAUGAGCAUCGAGCACGGCCUCCCGCAGCAGCACCCGUACUCGAGCUCGGGUCACGGCUUUGUCCUUCACAACCAGCCUGCCGGCUUGGCGUACCACCCGCUCGUCUCGGGCCAAGAAUUAUACGGCAACGGCCAGCAGUAUGCGGGGUUCGAUCAAUUCCAAGAAUUCAACAGUUUCGCAGAGGGGGCCAGCCUGCCGUCGGAUUGGUCCUUUUUCCACGACCCGAACGGCCCGGGUCUGGAGCAGGAUCUGGUAGACCCCGCCCUCCGGGGAUCGAUGGUCGACGCAUCGUCACCGUUAUCGCACGACAGCUUCGCGGCGCACGCGCACAAUACUUGGAUGUCUCCGGCAGCCCAGAAAUGGAGCAAUUAGGCGGAGCUUCGGGGUGUGGUGAGCUGCUCUCCUCUAGCGACGACCGUCCAACCCCGGUGACGCAGAAUCGACGUUGAACUAACUGGGUAACGCGAACUCUUCGUCCCACAGCAUCGGUGCCGCCGCCGACCGUCUAGAAUCAAUACACACGCAUACAUAUCUAUACAUACGCAUGUACAUACAUCUAUCCAUGUAUGCAUGGGUGCGUGUGCGCGUGU